UAGAGGUCAUGAGGAAGUUGGUUUGUCCAUGAUGUAAUAUCCUCUGACAAAAAAAAAUACACUUCUCUUGACGUUUCCUUAUAUUUCUGGGUUGUGGCGGUGGGUUUAGUGUAAAUUAGCCAUCAUUGUUGUUUUAAUGUUUUCUGUGUCGUGCUCAGUUUAUAAACUGGGAUUCACUUUCUUAUUUUCACCUUUUCUAUUGUUGUUCAUGUCAGAAUUUUGAAUUCUGGGGGUGAAACAGACAUCCACACCCCGUUGAGCUGAAAGUGUUUGUGAAGAAGACUUCCUCUUUCAAGAAAGAGGAAGAGUUGAAAUGUUCUUAAAAUACAAAGUCUGCAUAAUUUUACUUUAAACUGAGAAGUUCUUGCCUGGAGCUACUGCUGUUUGACUCAAACCUGAAAGAAGGUUGUUGUGGAUUUAUUUGAUAAGAGCAAAUUUUACUUCACUGUUUUCCUUUGAUUUUUAUGGGAACUGUGGUCUUUUUUUUCUAAACCCUAAAAUUCUACAGUUUUCCAUCAGCUUGUUUAUCAGAGACGAUGGGGUGCAGCAGGAGUCUGUUCGCAGCUCCGUCUGUGAACCUGCUGACAGUCAUCAUGCUGCUGAGUGUCGUAUUGCUUCCAGAUGUUCAGAGUCAGACUAAAUGUGAUAAGGCUCCACAUCUCACCAUUGAAGCCCCACAGAAGAUUGAAGCUCUGGAAGGAUCCUGUUUGCAAAUCCCCUGUAGCUUUAAAAAGAAAACUGAUAAAGAGGUGGACAACAGCAAAGAAAUAUUUGGAGUCUGGAUUAAAAGUGACCCAGUGUUUGACAAAAAUCCCAAUAAUGUGAUUUUUAACAGCAGUAAAAUACAAAACAGCUAUAAAAUGACACUUACUGGAGACCUGAGACAGAAGAACUGCACUACGGUCUUUUCUGAUUUAAUCAAACCUCAGUCAGACAAAUACUUCUUCAGAAUCGAGAACGAGUCGUUCAAGGCGACAGCUUCUUGUCAUCCGGUUCAAAUAACAGUUUCAGAUUCUGCCCGGAAACCUAGGAUACAAAUCUCAGGAGAUGGGCAGCAGCAGAACUCUGUGACUGUAACCUGCUCAGCUUUCACUCCCUGUCCACGCUCACCUCCUGAACUCACCUGGCAUCUCCAACAAGUCUCUCACAGACUAGCAGAGAACCCAGAUGGAACCUUUACAACUGAAAUCCAGACGACCUUCCCUCUGUCAGACACACAUGAUGGACUCAACAUCAGCUGUUGUGCCAGAUAUCCUGUUUAUGACCCAGAACUCGAUGCUUCUGAAGACACCUCAGCACCCACCAGCCCAUCACGUUGGGUGUCAGCAGGUAGCUGGGUGAAGCUGAACUCAGAGGGAGUCAUGACGGUAGCAGAAGGAAACAUUUACAGAUUCAACAUCACAGAGGGCGGAGCUUAUUACUGUGAGGCUGCUGAAAACAAAGAAAUCUCCACCCCAACCUAUCAGAAUGCACUAAUCUCAGCGGCUGCUGUGCUCGUCUGCAGCUUCCUGGUCGUCUGUGUUUGGUUCCUCUGGAGCAGACGUCAGACUCGGGUGGGUAAACCUUUGAGUUUAGUUCUGCUCUCUGUUCCCAUCAUCACAUUUAGUUCAUGGCUUGUGUGUUUCCUUCCCAAACAGGUGAGCCAAGCAGGUGAAGACCUUGUUCUUCAAUCGUUGCCAGCCAGUCAAACAGAGGGAGAUGUCCAUUACGAGGAAGUGAAUGUCCUCAUGAAGAGACAUGUAGCUUCCACUGUCUCCGAGGACAACAGCAGACAGCAGCAGGAGACGGUGUACUCACAAGUCAAUGUGUCCAAGUCAGAAAGCAGCUCAACACAACGUGCUGCUGGUCUAGAGGAGCUUUAUGCUCAAGUGAAGAAAAACUAAUCCCAACAGUGUAGAAGAGCAGAAGGACAUGGAGGUGAUUUAUCUUCUCCUGCUGCAGGCCAGUCCAACAGUGAUGGUACAUACUUCUGUCUUAUCUCACUUUUGCUGAAAAGGAAUGAUUUAAACGUUAUUUCAUUUAUGUUUAGCCAGGAAACAAAAUGCCUAUAAGUUUGUUUGUACUUAGUUACUGCAGCUUAUUUAUUACGUUGGUUCCUAAAUCGUUACGAUCCACUGGUCUUCGGUUCUGUUGAUGGAGCUUUUCCCUCGGCCCUUCUGUUGUUCACUCUGCACAUCUGCUUCCUACUCCUUCAUCUGCACCUCUGGUCAACACCCAACAUCAAUGUUCCUAACAGGUUUGCACAAAGUCAAAUGUUCAAAGAGGAGAAUAGGAUAGUUUUGAUUAGAUUUGCUCUAAAUGUUAGAUACAUCUAGAAUGUUUACCAGUGUUACAAUGCACCUUAGUGCAUUGCCUAUUUACUCUGUAUGGCAGACACUGACAGACUAUCACAUACUAAGAAAGCUGUUUGAGGAUGUUUAUUGGUGAUGGUUCACCUUCCAACACACUCAUCCCUCAUGCUGUGUAACAAGCUGCUUCCUCUGGGCCUCCCCGUGUCCUCCUGCUUUUGUAGUCUUGACUUCUUCACAAACAACUUGGUCCUGAUCUCUACUAACAUCACUCACGCCUUUUAUCAAGCUUCCGCUGAAAGCAUCUUGUCUCAUGGCACCACAGUGUGACACGCAAACCUUUGCAGCGAGUUGUCAAGGCUGCACAAAAAUGUCUUUUCCAUCCCUCCAUGGAUGAUGUCACCAGCUCAUGUUGCCACAGCAGAGCUGCAAAACAUCAUCUAGACCUCCACACAAACUUCCUGUUAGAGCUGCCACAGUCAGGCAGAUAUUAGCUCCAUGAAAUCACACAUAUACAGAAUCAGGAUCCGUUUCUUCUCCACAGCCACUUUCAUGAAUUCAGUAGGUCAAAUGUAUUGCUGUUGUGCUUAUUGCUGUAUUAUCACUUCCGGUUCCGGUUGAGUGAACGCUGGCGCGUCUCGCUGCCGCUGCUCGCUGGCAAACAAACUUUUUGUAUUUUUUUUCUUCUUUUUCACCCUAGUCACAUCCCUGUGUCGGUGAAAACUCAUUUUCACCUACCUGCUCAGCUUGCGUUCUGGUUGCACAUCACCACCUCCCUGCUCCACUCCAUAAUGUGGUCCAGCAGGAUUUCUCUGUGCCUCUCACUGGCCUGGAUCAUCCUGUCGCUCAUUCUUCUGUCCGUGGAUGGCCUUCUCCAGUACUCGGCGGCGGAGCUCUUCAACCUCCGCUUUCACUACUCCGGAUCUCCACCACCAGCUCUGUGCCUCUUCCCCGACAUCACCUUCCAGCCUCGCCGUCGGUAUAUCCAUCGGGGGUCCCGGCGGAACCUCCAUCUCGACGGCUCCAAAGGAAUACCCUCCUUCUGGUCCACGACUAGCCGGCGGCUACCCAGGAAUGUCUGCCGAGCUGCCGACUCCAGCGUGUUAGCCCGGCUGGCUAGUCGGGCUAAUGCUCCUGUCGCCAGGGACUUCCGCACUGCUAAUUUUGGUCUUCUCAACAUUCGCUCCCUCUCUGGUAAAGGACAUCUCCUCCAAGAUACCAUCAGUGACCAUAAGCUAGACUUUCU